AUGCUGAUACGUUCCGUGAUAUGGACAAUCACAGUUAUCGCUUGUGUCGUAGCGAGAUGGGACAGUUAUGGGAGUGCAUCUGAUGUGCUGGAAGCAAAUUCAAUGCAAAAGAAAAUGGCGACAUCGAGAACGAAGCGGCAUUUGCAAAUGAAAUUAGAAACUGCGAAAACUAUUGGAAAACUUAACGACGAUACUACGCUCACAAGAGACGAAAGAAGCGUUGAAUUGCAUGACUGGCUAUCGCAAGCGCAGAAGCAAGAAAUUCGAGAGAUGGAAUCAGAAGGAGGCGAAGUCGUCAAGAAAAUACUGGAAUAUUUUUCCAAAUUACCAUCUGAGGAAAAAGAUAAAUGGAAUGAAGUCUACAAGAAACGAUGUAAUGAAUGGAUUAAGAGGGUUGCUAACAGUAGUCAGAUAGCUGAGCUCGGGGAUUUGAGGAGUAAAACUGAUGUCAAGGAAUAUGAAGCAAAAUUGAAUGAGUAUAAAAAUCGUUUACCAGAAAACGAACAAGAUCAAAUCAAUCUGUGGCUGGAUGGUUGCAACAAGUUGAAAAUUCUGAAUGCCCAACGAAAUACACUUCGCAUGCUGCUUCGACGUGAUUUAUUUCAAAAUAAUGAAAAUGUUCAUCUCUUCUCCAAUGAACAGAUUGCUUUCUUAGAGGACAUGAAAGCUAGUGGAGCCAGUGAAGAAGACAUUAAACACAAAAUAGAACAGUAUUAUUCGGCAUUUCCAGUGUACAGAAGAAUGGAAUUGGAUUUCCAGUUUAAAACGAAAUGUGUUCAAUGGAUGCGAGAAGUAGCAAGUUUUGACGAAAUUCAACUGUUUCUCAACGCAUUUGAGAGAAGUCGAUUAGUUUUCAAUACCUUGUUUGAUGAAUAUUUCGAACGGUUAUCUAAGGAACAACAGGAUAAACUACAUUAUAUUAAAGACAAAUGUCGUGAAAUGUGGAGGGAGGUAAUGAAUUCCAAUCGUCAGAAACGUUACGUGAAUGAGGAAUAUAACGAAUGGAUAUUAUGGAUGACCGAUGAACAAAAGCGUGAAUUGCAAGAGAUGCGCAGUAAUGGAUCAUCAUUUGAUGAGAUACAUAAAAAAGUUAAUGGACAUUUUCUUAAACUUUCUGAAGCAACGCAGAGCGAUCUCAUUAACGAUUAUAAGGAGAAAUGUAGGAAAUAUUUUGUGACUAUGGCAAAGGAAGACGAAAUUGAAAAAUUAAGUACCAUUCACGGUGAGGCGAAUCACAAGGAACACAAAAAAAUUAUUGAUGAAAUUUUGCAUCGACAACCAGAAGAUAUACGAGACAAGGCAUAUAAAUUUUAUCGGAUAUGUGAUAAUGUGUAUCACAAACAGUUUGGUCGACCAAAGCGUGAUAUUGAUGCUCUGAUGGAGAAACACCUCCAGUGGCUUACAUCUGAGCAGAAAGCAGAAAUUAGACAAAUGAAAACAAAAGGCGAAUCAAUACCAGCAAUUAAACAAAAAUUACUCUCCUACAUCGAAGGUAUGGAUAGUGAUAAACAACUUCAUGUCACUGAAAAAACCAAGCAAUCUUGCUAUGCAUGGCUCGAGAAUGUAACCUCCGUUGAGGAGAGAGCCGAAUUAGAAAAUUUACACCAUACCGAUCAUUCCGCCUGCAAGCAAAAGAUUCGAGAGUACAUCAAGCGUCUGUCAAAAGAAAAGCGGGAAGAAGUAAAUAAAGAUCUGGAAAUAUGCGAACAUAUUUGGUACAGUGAAGGCAAUCAUGGUCCCGAACGUCGACAUCAUCAUCAGCAGCAUCGAAGAGCCCGAUGGCUUUCUUCGCAAAUUUACCCCGAAAUUUAUAGUCGAAGCAAGCGGGACAAUCACGAACAUAGUUUGGAGGCCUAUUUUCAUACACAUCUGAACUGGCUUACAGAUAUUGAGAAAGAUGAAAUCAGAAAAAUGAAACAGGAAGGAAAACCGAAAGCAGAUAUUCAACAGAAAGUUCUUGAUUACUACGAAAAAUUGACAGGUGAUGCAAAGGAGGAAGCCGGUGAGAAACUUCGCGGAGGUUGUCGUGAAUUAUUGAAGCAAAUCGUUGGUGAUGAAAAGAUGGCUGAAUUAAAACAAAUGAAAGACUCAGGAGUUGGUCUGGAAGAACUCAGAGCAAAAGUCGAUGAUAUGUUGGGACAUGUUACUGACGAAGCCAAAAAGAAAAAAAUUCAUGAAUAUGGCCCUUCAUGCCGCAAAAUAUAUGAGGAUCAACAUCAUGAGCGUGAUUUGGAGGGAUAUUUCCGGACGUAUUUGAGCUGGCUUACGGAUAAUGAGAAAGAUGAAAUCAGAAAAAUGAAACAAGAAGGAAAAUCGAAAGCAGAUAUUCAACAGAAAGUUCUUGAUUACUACGAAAAAUUGACAGGUGAUGCAAAAGAGGAAGCCAGUGAGAAACUUCGCGGAGGUUGUCGUGAAUUAUUGAAGCAAAUCGUUGGUGAUGAAAAAAUGGCUGAAUUAAAACAAAUGAAAGACUCAGGAGUUGGUCUGGAAGAACUCAGAGCAAAAGUCGAUGAUAUGUUGGGACAUGUUACUGACGAAGCCAAAAAGAAAAAAAUUCAUGAAUAUGGCCCUUCAUGCCGCAAAAUCUAUACGGAUC